AAAGUAAAACCUAUACAAUUUGUGAUAUAUUUAAGAAUAAUGGGAACCUUCGUUACUUACCUUACGCUGAUGUCUGCCGCCUGGGGAAUGCAGCUUUGUCCUCGACUCUAUGUUCCAUCGGGCCAGUUGGAUCUUAGACUGCAGAUCUCCAACAUUGCAAGCGCUUUUUUGGCGGCCAAUCUUUAUACUUUAUUCACGAUGCUGAUUCUACUGACGCCCUCGAAAAUGUUUACCAUCCAAACGGGACGAAACUUCAAGUGCCUCUUUGUGACUCCCUAUUUGCUGCAGUUCGUCAGCUGUUUCUGGGGCACUGUUCAAAAUGUCAAGGAGCUCCUCACUUCACCAGAUAUGUUGGUGCUCAAGGAUUAUGUCCCAGCCCACCUGAAAAUGAUUCUGAUCCUCGGACUGCAGCUCCUGGCAAUGAUAGAAAUGGGCUUUGUCUUAUUCUACAGCCUGAAAAAGGAACCCCACCAGGAGGCCAAAAAAAUUAAGCAAAAUGAAGAGGAGGGGCUGCAAAAACCAGGAGCUCCAAGAAGGAAUUAAAGCUCCUUCCUUCCGCCAAGCCAACUCCUUUCAACAAUUAGUAGCGGAUUAUUUGAUUAGCACGCUAAUUGCCUUGUCCUCUCAACACCGCACCAAAUAAAUUUUGUGAACACUUAUUUCUUAUCAGCCGCAAUAAAGGCGAGCCAAGCGGGAUUAAAGCCAACUGGGU